AUGGCAAACCCGACUACUCACACUACCCGCGACGGGUUCCAUUGGACCAGGGAGGGAGGUCUAGCAGCAGGCGUCCCUUCAGUCAGCGUAGUCCAGCCACCUUCUAACUUGAUAUCUACCGACCAGAAAGACCCUUAUGAUGCGGUAAUCAUAGGGGCGGGCUACGCAGGAUUGACCGCCGCUCGUGAUCUUUCAACCGCUGGCUACAAAGUUCUGCUUCUGGAAGCACGAGACCGUAUCGGCGGUCGUACCUUUUCAACUGACAUCGGGGGCUAUCCAUUCGAGCUAGGUGGAACUUGGGUACACUGGUAUCAACCGUUUGUUUGGCGGGAACUUUCGCGAUAUAAUCUUACGAACGAACUCGAGAUCUCACCCAGUUUAGAAGGUGGUAAGACUAUUAUUCGGGUAGGGAAUGAUACUAUCACCUUAGGCCACGAAGAAGAGUUUGCGAAGCUCGAGGCCGUUCUCAACAAGUUCGUUGACGUCGACGGACAGCGCGGCCGCGCCAUCAUCCCAUUCCCAUAUAACCAGCAUUUCAACACCGAGGCUCUCGAGCGCUUCGACAAGAUGUCUAUAGCUGAUCGGAUCGCGGAGCUAGGAGACCAGCUCGAGCCGAUAGAGCGUGCUAUCUUAGAAGUAUAUUUUUCUGUCCUCUGUGGCAGCGAUCUAAAGGACGCCUCGUUCUGGGAAGUUCUGCGCAACUGGGCGCUCGGCGGAUAUAAUUGUAUGGACUUCCUGGCUGCAAGUGCGGCUUUCAAACUGGCGCGUGGACAGUCAGAUUUCGCUCGACGGUUCUUUGACGAGGCCGCGGGUACCGGUCAGUUGAACUAUAAGUUCUUAAGCACAGUAUCCGCGGUGGCUGAUCACGGGGACCGGGUCGAAGUGACAGUACACGACGGGACUAUUUUUAAGACCCGACGACUAAUCUGCACUGUACCGCUUAAUGUCUUGAAGAGCAUCUCAUUCUCUCCAGCUCUCCCGGCAGCUAAACUUGCAGCAUCAGAGCAAGGCCAUAUCAAUUUUAUUGUCAAAAUUAACGCAGAAACCCAGGGCCCAGACCUCCGGUCCGUCAGUGCGCUUACACAUCCCGCCGGAGGUCUGAACUAUAUGUCCGGCGACGGAAUCACACCCUCUGGUAACACGCAUAUUGUGGGUCUUGGCACGAAGUUACAGCCGAAAAAAGACCCAGAAGUUGCGCUCUCGGCCUUCCGUAGCCUCGCCGACGGCACAGUUGUAGAACGUCUUGUCUUUCAUGACUGGAACGAGGAUGAGUUCUCCAAGGGCACCUGGGCGUGGCUGGGACCGGGCAUGGCCACAAAGUACCUUACCGCUCUCCGAGAGAGACACGGGAACGUGCUAUUUGCGAGUGGGGACUGGGCGGCGGGCUGGAGGGGUUGCAUUGAUGGGGCUAUUGAGGAGGGAGGCAGGGUGAGUAAGGAGGUAUUGGAUGAGUUGAGGGCGAUGAGUAACUAA